AUGAGAAUUAAUUUCAUAAUAUUUUAUUAUUUUUUUUACGUUGAAAUACGUAUUACAAGUUCUACGUUGAAUGUUCACAAACCACAAUCUACUAAACUUUAUCAUGGCAGGUUUACACGUGAUGUUGUCAAUCCAGAGUUACUCAUUCCACGACUCGUUUAUGCUAAUGGAACUUUUAAAUCGUUUCAUUUAUCUAAUUAUUAUGAUCAACAAGAUAAGAAACGAAAAAAAAGAUAUAUUGAUAAUAUCUCAGAUAAAUUACAUCUCAUUCUACCUUUUGAUGAGAAUCAUUAUCAUGUUGAAUUGACCCCGUACUAUGACUUUAUUUCACCAGAAAUGGUCAUUGAAGAACGUGGAGAAAGCAGUCUAGAGGAUGAUUUAUAUGAACGUUUGCAAUUUAAAAGAGCUUCAGACAAUCAAUGUCAUUACAGAGGCUUGGUUAGAGACUACGAGGAUUCAAGGGUUGCAUUGUCUCUCUGCGAUGGAGUGGCUGGUUAUAUUGUAAUUGAUAAUACCAGAUAUUUCAUUGAACCAAUUGAUAACUCGCAGUUAGAAGAUAUUGAUCAACAUGUUCAUAUGAUUUAUAAACGAGAAAUAAAUCAUGAAAAACGAUCAGAACAUUCUUGUGGAACUAGCGAUGACUGGGAGUCCGCUUGGCUAGAGCAAUUGAACAAACGAGAACGUAGAUUACUUGCUGAAGAUUCUGCUGGAUUGAAACGAACAGAAAACAUCAUGUCAAGUACCCACAGUAUUCAUCGUUAUAUUGAAGUUGGCUUAGUUGCGGAUAAAAAAUUUUUAGACUUCCAUAAAGACCGAGAUUACGAGAACUAUCUGCUUACCAUUAUGAACAUGGUAUCAGAUUUUUAUCACGAUGCUUCAGUUGGAAAUCAGAUUGAUAUUGUUGUGGUUCGUAUAAUUUAUUUGGAGAAAGAAAAAGAAGAGUUGGAUUUAAAUAUAUCUCCAGAUGCUAACAGUACUCUUAAUAGUUUUGCCAAUUGGGCGAAUAAAAUGAAUCCUACAGAUCCAUCUCAUCCAAACCAUUAUGAUGUGGCUGUUUUAGUUACCAGACAUGAUAUUUGCUCUCCAUCAACAUCUUGUGAUUUAAUGGGUUUAGCUUUCGUAGCAUCUGUUUGUGAUCCACCUAAAGCAGCAGCAAUAUGUGAAGAUACUGGUCUGCUCUUAGGAGUUGUGGUAGCUCAUGAACUUGGUCAUGUAAUGGGUUGCUCUCAUGACGAAGAAAGUAUCAGUGGUUGUCCAGCUCAAGAUAAAGAUCAAACGUAUUUUGUCAUGUCUCCGAUUGUUUCUAUUUAUUCUUAUCGAUGGUCAACUUGCAGUAAACAAUACAUUACUUCACUCUUAAAUAGUGGAUUGGGAGAAUGCUUGAAUAAUAAUCCUAAAAAUCCACCAGAAAAAUACAAGUUCCCUAAAAUGUUGCCUGGAGCUAUGUAUGAUGCUGAUUCUCAAUGUAAAUUUCAUUAUCCUGAUACGAAACUUUGUGAUUUAGGAAAGGGUGUGAAUUGCGAGCAACUGUGGUGUAGGAAAGAAAAAAAUUGCUUAUCAAAAAAAGCUCCACCAGCUGAUGGAACAAAAUGUGGUGAACAGAAGUGGUGUAUAAAGAAAAAAUGUGUAGACAUGGGAACUCGACCGGAAGCUAUUCACGGUGGUUGGGGUGAGUGGGGCUCGAAGAGUAAAUGUUCAAGAACGUGUGGAGGUGGGAUUUUAGUUACCGAAAGAGAAUGUGAUAAUCCCCAGCCGUCAAAUGGUGGCAGAUAUUGCAUUGGUGAAAGAAAAAAAAUAAAUAUGUGCAAUACUCAACCUUGUCCAUUCGACAAACCAUCAUUUAGAGCAACUCAGUGUGCUGAAUUUAAUUCCAAAAAAGUAUCUGCCGAUGGAUUACAUAAAUGGACUCCGUAUUUUCGAAAUGAUCUUGAUCCUUGUUUGUUAUUCUGUGUGAACGAAAAUAAUGUUUUUUCUAAGCUUGGAAUAGCUAAGGAUGCAACACCUUGCAAGGGUGGAACAAAUAAUAUAUGUAUCUCAGGGACAUGUCGAAAAGUUGGCUGUGAUUGGGUAAUUGAUUCAAGCGCAGUGGAAGAUAAAUGUGGUGUGUGUAAAGGCGAUGGUACCAAGUGUAAAAUCGUUGAAGGAAAAUACACAGAUAUUCCUUCUACCCAAGGCUAUCAAAAAAUUGUUACAAUUCCUAAAGGAGCGAGAAACGUUAAUGCUAGAGAAAAUGGUGCAUCUGAAAAUGCAUUAGCUAUUAAAUUAGAAAAGGAUAAUACCUAUUGCUUAAAUGGCAAUCAAAAAGAGAAUCUUAAUGGUGAAUAUCCUUGUGCAGGAGCAUUAAUUAUAUAUUCUCAUCCAGAAACGAACAGAGAAGUUGUGGAUAUUAAAGGGCCAAUUGGAGAGAAUAUUCAAUUACAGUACACAUUUUAUUCUUUAGAAAAUCCUGGAGUAAGCUACGAGUAUUAUAUCAUGAACACAGUUAGUUCUGGGUACACACCAAAGUAUUUGUGGGAUUUUACACAGUGGUCAUCGUGUGACGUGAAUUGUGGAGGUGGAACAAUGAUUUCUAAACCAUCGUGCAUUGAACAACAAAAUGGAAUUGUAUCCGACGAUUUCUGCUCGAAUAUCCCACGUCCUGAACCACUUACAAGAAUAUGUAAUGAAGAGCCCUGUCCAACAAAAUGGCGUGUUAGCCAAUGGAGUGAAUGCUCUGGCUGUGAUGGCUCAUCAGGUGAAAGAACUCGGAAAAUUCAGUGUGUGAAAAAAACAUCUAAUCCAGGUGGUGAAGACAUCCAAGUGGAUUAUUCUUUGUGUAAAGGAAAUGCACCAAUACAAUCAGAGUCUUGUACUGGAAAUCAGCCUUGUAGCAAAAAAUGCCAAAAAGUAACUAGAAAAUCGAAUAAACGUGACGAUACUUCUUUGGACAUUCAAGAGUUUGACAAAGAUAAAAAAAAAUUGAAGGAACUAUUGAGUGUGGGGCUGGCUAGUUACCUCGAAAAGUUGGAAGGAAAAGGCUUGAAACGUGAUCAAGUGUUGAGGAGAAAAAAGAAGCUGAAAGAUCCAAUAGACAGGUGGCUGUUGAACAAAGAGACGAGAAUUUAUGAUGAACAAAAUGACAAGUUUAAGCGAGCAGAAGACAUUCAAAUGAAGACAUUAUCAACGCUCAAACCUGGUUCUAUAGUCAAGGACGAUUAUCCAGCGGAAAAUUCAGUGCUCCUUGAGGCUCCACUGAAGGCCGAUACUUUCAAGGCCAACUUGUCGGAUGUCGCCUUUCAAGAAGGUGGUGAUUCAGUGCCUGCUGAGAUUGAUACCAGUCAACAGAAAAUUUAUCAAGGAACUCUGGCACAGAAGCUCAUUAUUGAAAUGGCUAAUCCAAACGCCACUAAUUCUCCAGAGUAA